CUGAGUUUAAAAGAACACAUUAAUUUUAUAAAUAAUUAAGAAAACAUGCCUAAAAAUCAUAAGGAAGACGAUUCUGAUUCCGAUAAGUCAAAAAACAAUGAUUCAGGUAGUGGAAGUGAUGGUGAAGAAGAGGAAUAUGUAGUUGAGAAAGUCGUAGAUAAACGAACAAAGAAUGGAAAGAUCGAAUAUUUUCUUAAAUGGAAAGGGUAUGAUGAUACUCAAAAUACAUGGGAGCCAAAGGAGAAUUUGGAAUGUGAUGAACUGAUCAGAGAAUUUGAAGAAAUGCGCAAAAAGAGUGAAGAGGCCAAAAAAUCAAAGACAAAGAAGCGGCGCAUUAGUAACAGUUCCAAUGAAGACUCAACAACCAGCUCGACGAAAAAGCAUGAAGAGAAGAAAUCUCGUAAAACAGAAUCAGAAAGUCGCGAUGAAAAUAAGGUAAAAGAAAAAGAGUCCACAAAAGAAAAGGAUAAGGAACGAGAAAAGGACAAGGAUAAAGAAAAAGAAAAAGAACCCACAAAGGAAAAAGAGAAGGAACGAGAAAAGCCCAAGAAGCCUAGCAGCAAAGAACACACGAGUAAGAAGGAAUCAAAUCAUAAUGUCUCAACAAAGCAUUCAGACGAAGAGAAUGAAAAGUCAACGUCAACGAAGGAAAAAGUAAAGGAAAAGGAAAAGAAAAGUAGUAGUAAUGAUGAUAAAGACAAGGAAAAGGAUAAAGCAUCGCCAUUUGAUAGUGGACUCGAGCCUGAGAAAAUUAUUGGCGCUACAGACGUUAAUGGUGAGCUUGCAUUCCUUGUUCAAUGGAAAAAUAGCAACAAAGCUAUGCUAAUUCCUUCAAAACUCGCCCGACAACAUUGUCCACAACUGGUGAUUGAUUUCUAUGAACAACGGCUGACAUGGCACACAGACUAAAUUUACAAAAACAGCUGAUUAUCAUAACAAAAUGAAAAUUUUUGAGACAUUAUCAUUGAUUUCCUGUUUUUUGGUCUUUUAAACUUUUUAAUUUUUUUGUCGUCGUUCCGAUCCUUAGAGCUCAUCAAAUGAAUAACAGAAAUCAAAAUGUUUUAAUGUCGUAAAGAAUUUUCAAAAAAAAGAAGAGGAAAACAGGAAAAAUGAUAUAUGUUAAUUAAU